AUGCUGCUGCCGACUGUGAGCGGUUCGUCCGCCGUAGGAUGCAAGUGGAAAAACUGCUGUCGCCGCAGCUGGGAAAUGAUGAUGGCGCCCGUAUCGCCCAAGAAUCUAAGGACCACAGCCCUGUUGACGAGCAUCUAUCAAUUGUUAAUUUCGCACUGCGCCCUGUUCCUGGUUCUUUUGGGGCUGGCUCAUGCCGAACAGAUGUGCGAGGUCUUGGAGCUGGACAUCCUGGACCAGAAGGACAAUGGUUUCUACAACAUGUCGCCCUUCCACAAUGAUCUUCGCUUACAGACCGCUGCCCAAUUGGCGGCUGCCACGGAAAAUCUACUCUAUGUGAUGGCUGGAGUGGCGGGAACCUAUGCCCUAAGUGCCAUAUCCCUGUUCUUUGGGGUGUACAAGAAUCGACCGGGAUUGAUUAUUCCCUGGCUGAUCGUAGAGUUCCUUUUGAUGGUGGGACUGGGAGCUCUGGUUUUCAUGCUGAGAGAUACGAAGAUAGUGCAAUUGCUGGGUGGACAAGUGCCCUACUUUAUCAUCUGCUACGUCUUGAUCUGCAUGGAUUACUGCAAGUGGUAUGUAAUCCAUAGUUUCUACCAAAGCUUGCGUACCAUGAACAAACUCAGGGAGAUUGCCACUGUGGCCAUACCUUGUCCAGCUCCAGGAGCCAUACCCUAUCGAUUCCAACGCGAGCACAUGUAUCUGGGCAGCAAUGGUUAUAAACACAUCCUAACCGAAUCUCCCGAUGGACAGUGUUAAAUAAAUGAAGAGAGAUAGAAUUUUUUUGGAACUUCCCCAUCAGGUGUCUUGAUUGCAAUUGUACUACAGUUUCUGUAUUGCGAAAAUGAGUGUGAUAUGGUAAUAGAACAGAUACUAUUUUAGAUAGCCAACGGAUAUGGAUAGAGGGGCAUAUUAAUACAUAUUACAAAGCGUAUAAAACUCGUCUAUAUCCCAAAAGGAGAGGCAAUAUCGGCUUGCCGCCAAGUACAUAAACUAUUUUUGUGUAGAACUAACUCCUAAAGUUAAUCCAGCACCUAAAUCCAAGGUAGAACAAGAAGAAACGAAUUUUAUUAAAUAAAAAAAUAUUAGUCACAGGUCUUGAACUCGGGACUUCCAAGCAAAAGCCGCACUCUCAAACCUCUGGGCUACGGCAAAAGCUCAAGCCGGAUUUUGAUGUGGGAAGCUUGAAAAAGUUAAGCUUGUCUGAUUUCAAUUGGCAUUCAAAUAAAUAGCAACGAAGUUUAAUGUUCAUUUUCUUUGUAGACGUAAGAGAAAUUUACUAAAUAUGCCUUAAACUCAGUUAAAUAGCAAUAAUUUAAGUAUUCUUGUUUUGUAGCACAGAACAACAAACGUAUGAAUAUCAAAUAAAAGUGCAAAAUUGUAA